GCUUUUUUUAUUGGAUAAAGUUUAGGUGUAUCCUAGAGAAUUAUUAAACAAAUCUCUAAGACUCAGAGAAUAUUUUGCAGAUAUAUUUACAUAUUACUUGCCAAAUAUGUCUUCACAUCACGAUAGAAAUUCAAUCCACAUGAUUUUGAAUAUGAGCAUGUUACCAAUCUUUGUUGGCCUUACAUUUUCAUUUUUUAUAAGCACUCUAGUCUAGUGCCAUUCAAGUGUUCUAUAAAAUGACACUCCCCAUAUCAUUCUCCUUAACCCUAAUCCAGUAUAUGCCAAAUUUUCUAGAAAAAUUGUUUCCACUCUACAACUGAAAACAGAGAACUCUGUUCUUGUUCUCAAAAAACAAAAAAAAUGGCUUCCCUCUAUGACGUGCUUGGAAUUUCAGUGGGUGCAAGCUGCAUCGAAAUAAAGGCUGCUUACAGAAAGCUGGCAAGAACACACCAUCCUGAUGUUGUGGCCAUGGAUCAGAAGGAAAGCUCAGCGAACCAAUUCAUGAUGAUCCAUUCAGCUUACUCAACUUUGUCUGACCCAGAGAAGCGAGCACAAUAUGAUAGAGAAAUCUAUAGAUACAGAAGAUCAGCAAAUAUAGCAGGAAGAAAUCAGACAUUUUCCUAUGCUGGAAGUGGAAGGAAAUGGGAAACAGACCAAUGUUGGUAACAGAUUGUAUAGUCAUGUACAUUAUUAUUAACCACUUUGUUCUCUUUUUUCUUCUUCUCUUUUUCUAAGUUUUUGUUAUGACUAUGUCAUUCAUUUAUGUUUUCCUUCUUCACAAUACCAUCCUAAGACUGUAUAGUUCCAGAUUACUUACUAGAUCUCCUGAUUCAAGCUUCGUGUAAUUUUAAUGCCAUGUUGAUUUGGUCAGACACUCCUGUUAUUACUUAUUCAAAACUC